AUGGGUUUGAAGACACUUUCGGCAAAGGCGGCUGCAGCGCUGGACAAGGAGCUGAUGAGCACUGGCGCGUUCUCCAUCGACCAACUGAUGGAGCUCGCUGGUCUUUCCGUCUCCCAAGCAGUCUACCGCGUGCACCCGCUCAGUAAGGGUCAGAAUGUUCUUGUUGCCUGCGGGCCUGGCAACAACGGUGGUGAUGGUCUAGUCGCCGCCCGUCACCUUCGUCACUACGGCUACAAACCCAGCAUUUACUACCCCAAGCGGAGUAAGAAUGAACUGUACCAACGACUGGCGCAGCAGCUGGAGGACUUGAACGUCCCAUUUGUGGACGACUUUCCCACGGCCCUAAAGUCGACGGACCAUAUCGUGGAUGCCAUCUUCGGUUCGUUCAAGAAGUGCUCUUUCUACUGUUGGCUGUCGUUCCGCGCGCCUAACGUCGUGAUCUCAGGAUUCAGCUUCUCUGGCGAGGUCCGGGAGCCCUUCCCGGCGGUGAUCAAGGCGCUCGAGGAGACGAAACUGCCCGUAACUUCAGUUGACGCCCCAUCAUCAUGGAAUAUCGAGGAUGGCCCGCCAUCGUCUGGCCUCGGCAGCUCUUUUCACCCUGAGUAUGAAGGCAUCGACCAGGUGGUAGAAGUGGACAAUAACGGUCAGAAGCUGUAA